CUCAUUUGAAUCACACCUACACAACGUUCGGCUUCACACGCUGUCAUGGCCAUAGUUUUCAAAUGAAAUAGCCCGGAUUUUUCAAAAUUCUCAAGUACCAUUUCAAAAUAGCCAGUUAAAUUUACAGUAUACCUUUUUCCAGUAAAAAUGGCUCUAGUUUUGCGAAACGCCGCCCUCCAGAAACAAGUAUCGCUUUUGAAAUGCAUAAAAACGCGAUCAGUAGUUACAACGGCAAAUAAAAAUAACAACCAGGCGCCAUUAUCAGCGGCUGUGUCGAAGAAGCGAACGUUGCGACAAAUCUUCAAGGCCAAGUUCAGAUUCCCGUUGUUCAAGGUGAACCCAAUCACGACGCUGAAGAGGGAUGCGCACACCGCAGCAGCCCCGCUGUACAAAAGCGUGUCCUGCUUCGAGCUAACCGGCGGAAACCGGACUGACGACAAAGUACAAUUCAUCAACGACAGCUGGCUGAAGGCCCGAUCGGCUACCAACUUCGCGAAACCGGCUGGGAUCGAAACUGUGCCCGACAAUGUGUCUAAAUUCCCAAAGGAUCGGGCUGGCUCUGACAUCCUCGUCCCUACCGUGUUUGAGAGCAUUGCGAACGUAGUCUGCCCGUGCCCGUGCCCAUGUGGCCCGUGCUGCAGUCCAUGCGGCCCCUGCUGCGGCAACAUGGCGGACUGCAACUGCGGCCGUUUACUGCCCCCUCCAUGCAACACGCCGCCCAAAUGUAUCCAAUACAUGCAGGGUUACUACUACUACCCGUACGGCACGUGGUUCUGCGGACCGUACCAUGUAAACACCGGUGCCGUUCCAGUCUGCGGCCCCGUCUGCCCCGGCACCGCCUGCGGCCUCGCGCCUCCCAACCCUAGCCUGCUUUGUAAGUGCGCACCUUGCUGCUGUGGACUCGCUUCGUGCAGCAUCUGCAACCCUCAACCUUUCGGUCCAGGCCCUGCAGGAGCAGCUCCCGCAUGGGCAAAUUCUCCUAAUAUAACAGCUUCCUACGGAUUUCCUGGCAUAUCCAAUACACAGUUCGUCGGACAGGGGCCUCCUGUGAGCACACAAGGAAUAUUCCCACCCGUACAGGAGUCUUGGGGUCAACCUAAACCUAUGGGACAAUCGAGUCUGCCUAUACCUUUCGGUGUGCCCGGGAGCACAGCUCAAGCCCCUAUGCCUGGUGGGUCAGGCUACCAUAUCACCUUCCCUCCAGUACAAAUCAGCCCUCCGCAAACUAAAAUGCCCACUUCGCUAAGUGCUCCGACGCUCCCACAAUGGACCACGCAGCAUGCGCCCUGUGACUGUACGGGCUGUGUGGCGCAGAGAAACGAGACUGAAACUAAGAGCCCCCCCGCGCAGGCCGAUACACCAGCAGUCAUGCAAAGCAUCAUCGAACCGUUUUCGAAAGUAUUUCCCGCUUCGAAACCACCCGUAAAUGCGACUGAAAACUGCAAAGAACGCUCUAAAUCUACUAAAAUAUUGGAAGACCCGAAAGUGAAAUCGUUAUUCCCUUGGUGA